UAAAGAAAGCCAAUCCGUGGAGGGGCACGGUGCAGCCGCAGCCAAUGGUUCUGGGGCGGGGGCGUUGCCCCGAACCCCGUCGGUUCCACUCCCGGGCUCCGGGGCUAUGGCCGGCAGCUGGCAGCUGGCGCGGCGGACGUUGUCCGGGCCGAGUUGGGUGCGAGGCUCGGGCCCCGCCGUGCUGAACCGCCUGCGAGACGCAGCUGUGGUGCGGCCCGCCUUCCUGACCGCGGCCGAGGAGGAGACGCUGAGCCGCGAGCUGGAGCCCGACCUACGUCGCCGCCGCUACGAAUACGACCACUGGGACGCGGCCAUCCAUGGCUUCCGAGAGACAGAAAAGUCGCGCUGGUCAGAGGCAAGCCGGGCCAUCCUGCAGCGUGUGAAGGCGGCUGCCUUUGGCCCUAGCCAGACCCUGCUGUCUUCAGUGCAUGUGCUAGACCUGGAACCUCGGGGCUACAUCAAGCCACACGUGGACAGCGUCAAGUUCUGCGGAGCCACCAUCGCCGGGCUGUCCCUGCUGUCUCCCAGUGUCAUGCGCCUGGUGCACACCCAGGAGCCAGGAGAGUGGCUAGAACUCUUGCUGGAGCCACGCUCUUUGUACAUCCUCAGAGAUUCAGCCCGUUAUGACUUCUCCCAUGAGAUCCUUCGAGACGAAGAGUCCUUUUUUGGGGAGCUUCGGGUGCCCCGGGGCCGACGCAUCUCGGUGAUCUGCCGCUCCCUCCCUGAGGAGAUGGGCCCAGGGGAGCCUGGGCAGCCACCCCCAGCCUGCUGACCCCCAGCUUCUCAGAGACACUGUGUUUGUGAAUAAAAUUGGAGAGUGGACAAGCC